AUGUUCGACUGGACUGGUAAGAAUGUUGUGUACGUCGGCAGCUUCAGCGGCAUCGGCUGGCAGAUGAUGAUGCAGCUGAUGGAAAAGGACAUCAAAAUGAUGGGCAUCAUGCAUCGCAUGGAGAACGUCGAGAUGAUGAAGAAGCUGCAGGCCAUGAAUCCCUCCGUGAAGGUGGUCUUCAUGCAAAUGAACCUCAUGGAAAGGAUGUCGAUCGAUCAGGCGAUGAAGAAAAUGGGCCAGAUGAUGGGCCACAUCGAUGUGAUGAUCAACGGCGAGAGUGUCCUGCUCGACAAGGAUGUGGAGAUGACAAUGGGCAUGAACCUGACUGGCAUGAUCCACUCGACCAUGAUGGCGAUGCCGUACAUGGACAAGACCCAGAUGGGCAUGGGCGGCAUGGUGGUCAACAUGUCCUCCGUUUAUGGCCUGGAGCCAGCACCCGCCUUUGCCGUCUACGCCGCCGCCAUGCACGGCAUCCUCGGAUUCACCCGCUCAAUGGGUGACAAAAUGAUCUACCAGAAGACCGGCGUCAUGUUCAUGGCUAUGUGCCCAGGACUCACCAACAGCGAGAUGAUGAUGAACCUGCGCGACAACGUCACCUGGCACCAUUCCGAGUCCAUGGUGGAGGCUAUCCAGAGCGCCAAGCGCCAAAUGCCCGAGGAGGCCGCCAUGCAAAUGAUCCACGCGAUGGAGAUGAUGAAGAACGGCAGCAUGUGGAUCGUCAACAUGGGCCAGCUCAAGGAGGUCAUGCCCACGAUGCACUGGCAGAUGUAA